AAAUUUUCGCCCCAACAACAACCGCCCCAAACAACAAGAAGCAGGUAGCGGGAGGCGAACGUUGUUGUUGAGGAGGAAGUUGCAACGUGGGCGACGACGGCGAUUGUCGUGGCACCACCUCUCCUCCUGUUCGUUUCCCCCCAUCUCUCUGUGUUUGGCCAUCUCUGUCUCCCUGUCUGUGUCUUCCUGCUUCGUUGCUUCGUCUUUGUCGCUCGUUGCCUCGUUCUUUCGUUGAGAAGCAAUGAUGUCGGCGCCUUCGGAAUCGUUCAGAGCUGCGCGCAGCAGCGGCAAUUCGACGACAAAGGAGCUGGUCGAGGAGCUGCAGCGCGAGUUUGGCGACACCGUCAUCGGUGACCUGACCAUGGCCAAGAUCAAUGCGGCAACUCAAGAGGACACCCAAGGGCGCAGAAGAGGACAGCCGCUACCACCAUCAUCGGCGUCGUCAGCAUCAUCAUCGUCAAGGCGUGCAACUGCUGCACUCUCGGCAUCAGCGACAGCGGGCCCACAGCAACGGUACCAGCAGUCGCAACCAUUGUCACAACCGCCGCAGCCGCAUCAGCAUCAAUACCAACAGUUGGGGUCGGCAACACGAGCAGGUCGGCCUGGCCCUCCUCCGCGCCCCGCAAAUCGAUACGCCCGCACAUCAACAACCCCGUCCGCACCGUCCAACUCAGCCGCAAGCACACGGCCGCGGCAUGGCCACUCUCAGCGCAGCUACCAGCCAGCACAUCGAUCACGCCUUCACCUGUCCCAGUCCGCUUCUGAUUUUCAGCCACCAGCAGAUGAUACGUUACACAUCGCAGAUGCGCCUGUUCAAGCCGCGGUGGUCAAGACAUCAAAUGCGCCCAACGAUGACCACGAACGCCAACGCUAUCAUCAUGAUCAUCACGAUCAUCAUCACGAGGACGAAUCACAUGAUGGCGAAGCUGCUGAUGACGGUGAGAGCGACGUGCUGCCGGCAACGUAUGAGGACAUCCCAAUCGACCCCGCAGAUAGCAGCGACAGUGACGACGAUGAUGGCGGUGGUGAACUCGAAAGUGGAGGAGGAGGAUAUGAUGGUGGUGGCCGACGACGUCAGAGCGGCAGGGGGCAACCUCGAGGCGACAGGGCUGGUGCAGGUGAUGAAGACAAAGGUCAUGGGUAUGCGCACCAGCAUCAAAGACGCAAGGCUGCUGCUGUUGUACGCGCGGAGGAAGGUGCUGCUCACGCGCGCUCCCUCGAACGCAAGCGACAACAACAACAACAACAACAACAACAACAACAACAACAACAACAACAACAACAACAACAACAGCACGGUCAGCGCGGAGCUACCGAUGCGCUGCGCCACGACGCGACGGUGUCGGAAAUGGGGCGGCCGCGACGACGUUCAGUGUCUCUAUCCCCUGGUCGUAUCCGUGGGAUGGCCGGUGCAGAUGUCCCCGGUGGCCAGCACCCGGACACACACGAACACGAGCCUGACCAACACCCCGAUAACGUGCACACUGUUGGCGAUGAGCAUAGUGGUGCAGAGCUUGCUAUGCAUGCGCCCGUUACACAGCGCGAGCACUCUCCCGGGUCGGAACACACGCACACACAUGCACACGGGGAUGCUGGGGGUGGUGACAAACACACCAGCGCUGACGGCAAGCGCGGCAGAAGUGGUGGAGAUGAGGAGCGAGGAUCUGAAUCGCCAGCACAUUCACACGACCACCAUCACCAUCACCAUCAGCACGAGGAGGAAGGAGAGGAGGAAGAGGAGGGCGUAAGGGGUGGUAGGACGCGGGGGCGAGCGCGUCCCGGGACAGCAACACGCCGACCGCCAUCAUCCAGGUCAACCGACGCACAGAAACAAGAACAACAGCAAGAAGAAGAAGGAGAAGAAGAAGAAGAAGAAGGAGAACAACAACAACAACAACAACAACAACAACAACAACAGCAGCAGCAGCAGCAGCAGCAGCAGCAGCACCAGCCGCUGCUCUCAUCUGUGCGACGGCGUGGUGGCAGGGGUCAUCGUCAGUCGAGCAAGCCAGCACCUACUCAGACAGACAUCACGCCCAGCAAGGCGCAGCACAACAGCAGCACCAGCAACAAAAGCGCCAACAACAGCAGCACCAGCAACAAAAGCACCGGCAGCAUGCCACGUGCACCCGGAUCGAAGAACGUGGCAAUGGCGGUGGAACGGCUACAGCAGGAGCAGACGCAGCAGCAGGCGGCGUGGGCACAGCAGCGCGCACUUUUGAUGAAUAUGGCACUGUCUCAUCUCGAGCAAACGUCGGCAGCAACACCUCUACAGGCAACAGCAGCAAGAGCACCAAUGCCAACUACAACAGCAGCGCCGGCGGGCGUUAGCACGCGUCAUCGCACACUGGACAGCGUUGUGGAUGAGCUGUUCUCCUCCGCACUGCCACAAUCACAACAGCAACAACAGCAACAACAACAACAACAACAACAACAACAACAACAACAACAACAACAACAACAACAACAACAACAACAACAACAACAACAACAACAGCAGCAGCAGCAGCAGCAGCCCCACCACCACCACGAUGCUGCUGACCUGCCAGCUGCUGACGUUUCACCCCGCCGACAUCACGAUGAAAGCGGUGUUUAUGGUGGGGACAAGGGAAGGCGAGCAGAGGCCUUUGUUGUCAGCUUUGGUGAUGGAAACAAGGAACCAAGUGACACCAGCAAAGACCACGCACACGCAACGUCGCACGCGCGUGCACGUGCACACCCCGAUGACGAUGCGACGAAUGGUGGUGGUGGAGCGGCAGAGCAGCGACGGCAGCGCCGUUUGUCGCACCGGAACAGAUUGGUUGCGCAGAAGAUGAGGAGGCGCGAGUCACGCUCGGCAGUGGGUGGUGAUGAUGGUGGUGAUGACACGCGUGGCGGUGCGGGGUAUGGUGAUGAUGAAUACGGUGACGGUAUCGACGAGAUGGAAGGUGGUAGCGGAAGUGGUGGUCGUGGUGGUGGUGGUGGUGGUGGUGGUGGGUUGCAGCAUCAACGCUUGAGUCAUCACCAUCGCCACCAUCACCGCCAGCAGCAGCUGCAAUCGACCAUGAUUCUGGAGGAGAGUGGCGAGGGCAAUGAUGGUGACGGUAUCACAGCACCAGCAGCGCCUCCGCUGCGCCAGCAUGGACACGAUGGUCCCCAGCAGGAAGGCGAAUUUGCACCUGCCUACGACACUGGCGAGGGGCGUGGGGAGCAACCCAAAAUCCGCCGCCGCCCCCAAUCACACACGCCGCAGCGAUCUGCUCCCAUGCACCAGCAGCAGCAGCAGCAGCGUGGUGGCUAUGCACGCCCGGCCUCUGAGGUCACACGCGGGCAGCGUGAAUACGCACAGCGCCAACAGCAGCAGCAGCAGCAACAGCAGCAAUACCGUCAUGGCUAUCACCACCAUCAACAUCAACAUCAGCAUCACGCACGUGCGCGGGAGGAGUGGGACGCGGCGGACGAGCUGAUUCGCGCGGAGAUGGAGGGCGAGUACGAAUACGAGAGCAGGGGCAGUGCACAGCGGAAAGCAGACGCACGCAGUGAUCGCAGUGAUCGCAGUGGCGCUGGGAGUGGGAGUGGGAGUGGGUAUGGACACAACAAUGGCAAUGUCAAUAGCGAUCGAGGUGGUGGCGCUGGUCGCAGCUGGGUGGUUGAGAUGCAGCCGCCAGCAGCUGUGAGUCCUCCACGUCGUGAUCGGGGCGGCAGCAAUGGCGAGCGAUUGCACACACGUGCAGCAGAUGGCAGUGGCUAUGCUGCUGGCAAGCACGCACCCUCGCAUCACAAGGAGCGACAGGCACCACCUCAACAGAAGGACCGACAGCAAGAUAACACAUCACAAGAGCAGCAGCAGCAGAAGCAGCAAGCGGCAGCGGAGAAGGUGCUGAAGUUGCGAAGCAACGUGGUGAUUUGCAAAAACGCCAUCCAGUCCCCGGCGUGCCUUGGUUCUGGCGACAUCAAUGCGAAGAAGCGAGAUGCUGCGCUCAGGGCCAUUGACAGCUGCGACAUUCCACACCUCGUCAUUGUGCUACGCACGCCAACGCACCUCAAGUUCCGCGGCGUGUAUGCGGUUGUGCCUGCAGGCAUCACCAAGAUUUACGGCGCAGGCCCGCGCACGGUGACCAGGGACAUGGUGGCGCGUUACUUCCGUUACGACAGCGGCGCAAAGGCGUUCAAGCAGCUGCCAUCACGUGACUUCACGGUGUGCGAUGCCGUGGCCCUUCGUGCUGCUUGCUGGCAGAAGAAGGACCACAAGCCAAACCUCAUCUAGCUCACAUGCUUCUCCGUUGUGUUUGUUUGGUUGUUUGUUUGUUUGGUUGUUUGUUUGUU